CCGUAUCGGCUCCACGUCAGAGCUGACAGCCGAGCCGAUAAUGGCUGCAGUCGAGGUGGCACUUCACAGGCGUUGUUGUGUUUAAUUUGGCUUCAAAACACCGUAACACGGCAUGGAUAAACGCCCGCGGUCGUACGUAUGUCAAGUGUACAUCGCAGACUCGUAAAGUCGCGGUUGUCGAGAGGAAAUGAAGUGCCAUUCUGUGCGUUUGUCUGCCCGUACUAGCGUUACGUUACGCCGCCUAUGAGCGACUGGUCGGGGGGGCUGUCUUCUCUUACGUUAUAUGUCACCGUAUGGUGGUCUGUGAACCCGCUUUAACAAACCCGCGAUAAAGUUAGCUUCGACCCGGGACGUGUUACCGCGACGUGACGGGUUAAUGAGGUAGCUCACGUCCCGCCCUCGUCAGACCAGGCCUGCUCCGCUCGGGUCCGGUCCGUUUGCUCCGAGGAGAUGUCAUCAUGGCUGGGAGGACUGGGCUCCGGCCUGGGCCAGGUCGGGGGAAGCCUGUCCUCGUUCACCGGGCAGAUCUCCACCUUCACCAAGGACAUGCUGCUGGAAGGUGUGGAGGAGGUUGGAGAUGCCGCCACGGAAUUACAGGUCUCCAAUUCCAAAUUGAUGCAAGUGGAGACGGCUUUCACUGCGCAGCGCUCGGAGCACGAGCGACUGAAGAAGCUCCACGUGGAGCUGGAAGAGAAGCUGGAGGCCUCGGAGAUCCAGAACAAGCAGCAGUCCACAGAGUACAGGAACCAGCUGCAGCAGAGAGAUGUGGAGAUCAGUCACCUGAAGGCCAGGCAGAGUGGUCUCCAGGACGAGAUACAGACCCUCCGGCACUCCUCCCACGUGGCCAUGCUCCCUCUCACCACCUCCUCCUCCUCCACCGUCCCCACCACCACCUCCUCUUCCUCCUCCUCCUCCUCCUUCAUGCCACACACCGUGGGCGGCCAUCACGGUUUCCACGGCGACGAGAUGGAUCUCAGCGACGUCAUGUGGUCGCAGCAGGAGAUCAACCGUCUGGCCACGGAGGUGGCGCGCCUGGAGGCGGAGCUGUCCCACUGGAGACGCGUUGCCCAGGCGUCCAAUUCAACUGGGUCUGGAAAUGGUGACCAGGCGGACGGCCUUCUACUCCAAAGAACCAUCGAGGACCUGCGGGAGCAGAUGAGCCGGGAGGUGGACGAGCACCAGCACGAGAUGGCCGCCCUGCAGGACGCCCAACGCCACAAGAUGGCCGACUUCAGCCGACGCCACCGCGAGGAGCUGGCCGAGUAUGAGGAGCGCAUCGAGGAGCUGGAGGAGCAGCUCCACACCGGGGAGAGAUCUCAGCCCUCCUCCCCCUCCUCCCCCUCCUCCACCUCCCAGCCAGACGUCCAGAGCACCUCCCUCCAGCGAGACUCCCAGCUGGAGGAGCUGAGGGCCAGCCUGGAGGAGGCGCAGAGCAGCCGGGGCCUCCUGCAGAGGCAGAGGGAGGAGGCGCAGGAGGAGAACGCCGAGCUGCUGCAGAACUACUCUCGGCUCCAGGCGUCGGUGGCGGAGCUCCAGGCCCGGGUCCAGGAGCAGGAGGACAGGGCCGUGCACAGGGCCCAGAUGGAGAGCGAGAUCCAGGGGCUGAGGAAGGCCCUCGCAGGCGCCGAACAGGAGCUGGAGAGACUGCAGGGUCUGCCUGAGGCUGCACCCAGAGAGGAGGUGGAGCACGCCGACAUCCUGGAGCUGAACACCGUCAUCGGCUCUUUGCGGGAGGAGAAGGAGCGCCUGGAACAGGACAAGCGCUCCCUGCAGGCCAGCCUGGAGGCGAGCGAGGCCAGGGGGGGAGGAGGAGGAGGAGGAGGAGGAGGAGGAGGAGGAGGAGGAGGAGGAGGAGGUCCUGGGGAGUGCCUGGGUCUGGAGGAGCUGCAGGAGGAGCUGGGGAGGAGAGCCAAGCGGCUCCUGGAGGCCCAGGAGGAGCGGGAGACGCUGCUGGCUGAGCUGGAAGAGCUGGACGGCCAGAACCAGGAGGCCACGCAGCACAUGAUCUCGGUGAAGGAGCAGCUCUCCGGGCAGCUGCAGGAGUCCCAGGAGGAGGUGUCCCGGCUGACCUCCGACCUCACGGCCCUGCGGGAGAAACUCAGCCAGAGCGCCUUCACCCUCAACGACCUGCACAUGGGCAACCGGACCCUGGAGGACACGGUGAAGGAGCUGAGGGCCCGCCUGGGCCGGGCACAGGAGGAGGCCCGGGAGGCCCGCAGCGAGACCUCGGAGCUCCGGCGGUCUCUGCAGGAGAAGGAGGAGAGGCCCGACUGGACAGGAGAGCGAGGAGACCAGGGAGAAGGAGAAGCGGCACGAGCGGAGCGGGAAGUCGGGCUGAGGGCCGAGCUGCUGGAGAAGGAGAAGGACCUGGCGGAGCUCCGGAGCGAGCUGGGGGAGGCGAGGAUCUCCCGGGAGGAGGCGAUGUCCGAGAACUAUGAGAUGAAGGUGACGUUGGGGCAGCGCAGGUUGCAGGAGGAGGAGGAGGAGGAGGAGGCUGCGGGGAAGGUGGGCGAGCUCGGCAGGCAGCUGAGGGACGGCCAGGCGUCGCUGAGCAGGACGGUCCUGGAGAAGGACACCCGCAUCGAGGCCCUGAAGCUGGAGAAGAGCCAGCUGGAGGGCGAGCUGAGCCGGGCCGAGGGCGAGCUGGCGGGCCGGGCCCGGCGCUACCAGCAGACCAUCGAGGAGCUGAGCCGGGCGCGCUCCCUGGACGCCACGGCGCUGCAGACGGAGCACGAGCGCGCGGUGCGCCUCAACCAGGACAAGGAGCAGGAGAUCGCCCAGCUGAGGAGGGACGUGGAGCAGAUGGCGGCGGACCACCGGGACACCAACGAGAUGCUGUCCAUCACGGUGGCGGGGCAGGAGCAGCUGACGGACCUCCUGCAGGAGAAGGACUCCUUCAUGGACACGCUGAAGCAGAACGCGGCCGAGCUCCAGAGGGAGCUGGAGGACAAGGCGGAGGAGGUGUCCCGGGAGGCGCGGGCCCUCCGGCAGGCGCUGGAGGAGCGGGACCGCCACCUGGGCGUCAUGAAGGAGGACAACAGCCACCUGAGGGAGGAGAUCGACCGGCUCCGGGACCAGCAGAGCCGGCCGCAGCCCCACACGGAGCCCCGCACGCUGGACAUCAUCACGGAGCUGGAGACGGAGAUCCACCAGCUCAAGGCCGCCCGGGACCGCCUGGAGGACGAGACGCACGCCCUGAGGAGGGCCGCGGAGGAGCAGCAGGCCUCCCUGCUGCUCGCCCAGCAGUCCCUCCUGGCCCAGCAGGGGGAGCUGGAGCAGGCCCGCGCCCGCCAGGAGCAGACCCUCCAGAACUACAACCGCCACCUCCAGGCCCGGGACGAGGAGGUGGCGCGUCUUCAGCAGGCGGUGGACGGCCUCGGCGGGCCGCCUCCCCCCGCCCCCCAGGACCAGGGGGAGGUCAUCCUUCGCCAGGACAAGGACGACCAGUCCCUGAACGGCGGCGAGAGCGGCAACGAGAAGCACGACCUCUCCAAGGUGGAGAUCCAGCGGCUGGUGCAGGGCAUCCAGGAGAAGGAGAGCGAGAUCCACCAGCUCAGCGAGAGGAACGUCUCCCUGGCCCGGCAGCUGGACCAGCUGGCCCUGAGCCGCGACGAGGCGGGCAAGCUGGCCCAAAUGGUGCGGCAGAAGGACCUGGAGCUCCAGGCCCUCCACGCGCGUGUCGCCGCGGGCCAGGACGUGCUGUACCUCCAGCAGCAGCUGCAGGCGUACGCGCUGGAGCGGGAGCAGGUGCUGUCGGUGCUCAACGAGAAGACGCGCGAGAACAGCCAACUGCGCUCGGACUACCACCGCCUCGUGGACAUCGUGUCGGGCAAGGAGGCGGCGCUGCUCCAGCUGCGGCAGGAGAACACGCGGCUGGCCGACAUGAGCGACCCGUCGGGCAGCCAGGAGAUGUUCCGCGAGACCAUCCAGAACUUGUCGCGCAUCAUCCGCGAGAAGGACAUCGAGAUCGACGCGCUGACGCAGAAGUGCCAGACGCUGGUGGCGGUGCUGCAGGCGUCGGCGGGCCCGGGGCCCGGCGCCGGCGGCGGCGGAUCGUGGGCCGGCGGCUGCGGCGUCAGCAGCAACCAGUUUGAGGAGCUGCUGCAGGAGCGCGACACGCUGAAGCAGCAGGUGAAGAAGGUGGAGGAGUGGAAGCAGCAGGUGAUCACCACCGUGAAGAACCUGCAGCACGAGUCGGCGCAGAUGCACGAGGAGCUGCUGACGCUGCAGGGCAAGGUGUCGGCCGACAGCGACUGCAGCUCCCAGCUGUCGGUGGACUACGCCCGCCUCAUCCAGAGCUACGAGCUGAAGGAGCGCCGGCUGGGCAGCCUGGGUCAGGAGCUGGCCCAGGUGCAGCAGAGCAUCAGCCAGCUGAGCAGCACCAAGGACGUCCUGCUGGGCAAGCUGGACAGCGUGGUCCCCGAGGUCGCCGCGGUCGCUGGGCAGCUGGCGCAGGCCGGAGAGGCGCUGCUCUCCAUGGAGCCUCUCGCUCCAGUCCAGCGGGGGGCAGCACCGGCUCCGUCCGCCGGAGGGCUGCAGCAGCUGCAGGCGGAGGUCCGGUCCCUCCGGGCCGCGCUGGCGGAGCGGGACGCGGCCGUCCGGACGCUGCAGGAGAGCGCCCUCCGGCUGUCGGCCUCGGAGGGCGAUCAGCGGGGGCUCCGGGCGGAGGAGGAGGCGCGCCGCGCCCGGGAGCGCCUGGAGACGCUGCAGCACGCCGCCCGGGAGAAGGACCUGCUGAUCAAGUCCAAGGGCGACCAGCUGGCGCAGGCCAGCGAGGCGCUGAGGAGCCGCGAGAGCGACAGCGAGGUGCUGAGGCAGGCGGUGACCAACCUGAAGGAGCGCGCGCUGAUCCUGGAGCUGGACGGACGCUCGCUGAAGGAGGAGAACGAGGCGGUCGCCACCCGCUCCCGGGAGAAGGAGUCGGAGUUCCGGGCGCUGCAGGAGACCAACAUGCAGGUGUCAUUCCUGCUGCGGGAGAAGGAGUUCCAGCUGACCUCCAUGAGCGAGAAGGCCGCCACCUUGGAGAAGAUGCUCAAAGACAAGGACCAGGGGAACUCCGGGGAGCUGAACCAGCUGCUGAACGAGAUGAGGUCCAUGCAGGAGAAGGCGGUGCUCUUCCAGCAGGAGCGCGACCAGGUCAUGCUGGCCCUCAAGCAGAAGCAGAUGGAGACCACGGCCGUGCACACCGAGCUGCAGCGGGUGAAGGACAAGGAGGCCCGUCUGAACGUGGAGCUGGAGCGCCUGCGGAGCCACCUGCUGGAGAUGGAGGACUCCUACACCCGCGACGCGCUGGCCGCCGAGGACCGCGAGGUGGAGCUGCGGCGGCGGGUGGCGCUGCUGGACCAGAGGCUGGCCUCCUCCUCCAGCGCCGUGGAGAACGCCAGCGUCCAGGCCGGCCUGCAGGUGGAGUCCCUGCAGGAGCAGCUGGGUGCGGCGGUGAGGCAGAGGGACGAGGCCCAGAUGAAGCUCCACACCUCCCAGGAGCAGGUGAAGCAGUACGCCCAGUCGCUCUCCAACCUGCAGAUAGUGCUGGAGCAGUUCCAGCAAGAGGAGAAAUCCAUGUACUCGUCGGAGCUGGACAAGCUGAGGAGGGAGAAGGAGGCGCAGAGGAGCAGAGCCGAGCGGCUGGAGGACCAGGCCUCAGCCCUGCAGAUGAACCUGGACGAGGCCAACAGUGCUCUGGAGUCUGCCUCGCGUCUGACUGACCAGCUGGACCUCAACGAAGAGCAGAUGGAAGACCUCCGCAAGCAAGUGGAGCUGCGGCAGGAGAUGCUGGAGGAGGCCCAGACCAAGCUGAUGGAGCUGCUGAACAGCACCGAGGGCAAGGUCGACAAGCAGCUGAUGCGGAACCUGUUCCUGGGCUACUUCCACACGCCGCGCAACAAGCGCGCCGAGGUGCUGAGGCUCAUGGGAAACGUCCUGGGGCUGAGCCGGGAGGACGUGGAUAAGAUGCUGGAGGAGGACGGCCGGCCGGGGGUCACUGGCUGGGUGUCCAGCUGGUUGGGGGGCCGGGGGCCCCACAGUGUCCCCAGCACCCCCCCGAGACCCGGACCCGGACAGACCCUCAACUCUUCCUUCUCCGAGAUGUUCGUCAAGUUCCUGGAGGUGGAGUCCAGCACGGACCGCCCGCCCCCCAGGAUGCCGGUCCAGGACAUGAAGGCCCUGGGCGCCCCGCCCCCGGGGAGGGGGGCCAGCAGCUCCUCAGGGUUGGCGAAGAGGCCGCCGGACUCCAACCCCUUCCUGGCGCCCCGCUCGGCGGCCGUCCCCCUGCUGGGCGCGGGGGUCCCGGGGGGGCCCGGCGGGGCGGGGGGGCACCUGCUCAUGAAGCCCAUCUCGGAGGCGCUGCCCUCCUUCACCCCGGUGCCCGUCUCCAGCGAGGCCAGCGGCCUCAAGGACCUGCUGAGGCAGUGAGGCCCGCCGCUUCCUGUCGCCAGCCCGCACGCUCCUCCACAAUAAAAGUUUGGGACGACGGACAAAACUGUUGGGCUAUGAGGGACGUUGAGUCAGGGGCGUUGAGUCGGGGACGUUGAGUCGGGGACGUUGAGUCUGGGAUCUUAGGCUAUGUUGGUUCCUCGCGGGGUUUGACUCUGAGGAAGACGAGGGAGGAUAUGCGAAAGGUUUUCUGGGGCAGAGGGGAGGUGGGUUUGGUCCUCAGUAUUGUUUUCUAUGCAACUAAUUCUCUUAGAGGGGGGGGGGGGGUGUGUGGGGGGGGGGGGUGUAGUGGAACACUCCACUAGCCGGAACGCAGAACAGUGUUUGCCUGAGUAGAUACACGUAUCCAAAGCUUUUUCGUUUUUUCUCUUUCUUCUUUUUUACACUCUAUAUAUAUAUAUAUAUAUAUAUAUAUAUAUAUACUUAAUAUUUCACUAGAGAGCAGGACGCUAUUCUUGGCCACAGCUUUUCCACAGCGUUCCUCGCCACAGGAGGCGUCGUCCUGUGGCGAGGCGCGCACUAGCUGCCUCUGAGGCGGUGUGCCGCUCGAGGCUGGACCCCGUCCUCUUGUACGGCGCAGGGUGGCUGACGCACGCACCCGCCCGCGGUCUCUGGCAGGCGUCCGCAGACGUGUGUGGUUUGAGUUCCAUCUGCUGAAGCCAUCCGGCCUUUCCUGCAGACGGUGGUCUUCUCCCGCGGCCCAGCGUCAUAAUUACAGCGAGCUGCGGCGGUGGGUUGACAGGACACGUUGGCGCGCUUCUGUGUGCGAGUACAUCGCUGUCAUAUGUGGAUGUAUGCGCGCGCGUGUGUGUAACGUUCAGGCUUUUUAUUCGUAUUUAUGGACACUUGGGACCUUCUAGAAAUUCUAAGUGCCUAACGUUUUUGCUUUUUAGGAACGAGCGAUGGGGGUUGUAAAUGGUGGAUAUUAAUGUAUAUUUGCGACGUAGGAGAGGAGCUGCACAUUGUGUAACAGUGUUGCGCCAUGGCCGUUCCACGUAUUUUCUAAGGAACAUCCUUCAUGGAAGCCGCUAGGUAAUGAGGAAAGCUGUACAAAUUGUAAAUCCAUAGAAUGAUUUAUAGAAUGUGCCAUCUGGAAUUCAGAGGUAUCAAAUAAACAAGUUCAUUUAACUUGAAUGAAAAUGAUCACGUGUACACCUCUAUUGUUUGGCUUCCUUUUCCAACCAAAUAAAGGCCCUCUUUUUGCCCUUUUG